AUAUAUUUUUUGAAACUUGUGAUUUAAGCAGGAGCCAAAUGGCAUAGGUUCUCGGCGAGUUUAAAACCAAUACUAUUUUUAAUACAAAUUCAAAAAGUAUCAAGAGAUUUAGAUUUGAAUUAUAUAAUUAACGUUACCACAAUUGGCUAAAAAUGUCAACAAAAGUGAUGCACUUCUGAGUAAUUGGACUUUUACCAAUUUUAUACAGAAUAGAAACUGAAAGAGUCAUUCAAGGGUCAUGAUCAAAAAGUAUUUAACUUGUCGCUAAAAAGUGUCACAUUAACAAAAUCGUGUAUAAAUCUGUAUAUCUAUACGUAAUGUUCGAACAUCGAAAACAAAAGAAUUUAAAAAAUUUAUAGAAGGAUUUUUCAAUUGAAACCAAAAAUCAUUAACUUUGUCACACACCUUGGCAUGGAUUUUAAGUAUGCGCAGUGGUAGUAGGAAAAGCAAGUCCAUUAACAGAUUUUUACAUCUGUUUCGAGAGAGAAAAUUCUCUCUUGAUUUUUAAAAUCCAAUUCAUUUUCUCGAUCUGUCGCUCUCUAUAAGUGACAAAGCGAAACUAUUUUUUUCGUCGAAUCGAGGAAAAUAAAGAAAACAGCAACAGAGCCAAAAAACAUGAUACAAAUCCGUUGGACAGAAAUAGCGCCACCCACCUUAAGUUUUGAAAUUACAUUUUUAAAAAGAUAGCGAUGAGCCAUGGCGUGCAGUUCUCUUUGUUUUCAGAACGACAUGGAGAAGACAACGCGGCCGAAGAGAAACCGACGGCACAGCAGACGCGCCUGGCCACCGGAGGACGAGCUGCAGACACCAACGCGAGCCAUCAAACGCUUGUUUACGCCCGACAUCAAGAGGAUGCUUAAGGAUUGGCUGAUCCGUCGCCGGGAGAAUCCGUAUCCCAGCAGGGAGGAGAAAAAGCUGCUUGCUGCUGAGACUGGACUGACUUACACCCAGAUCUGCAAUUGGUUCGCGAACUGGCGCAGAAAGCUGAAGAACUCAGAGCGAGAGAAGGCGAAGAAGUCCUGGGGUCAUUUGAUCAAGAACUACAACCAUAAUGCGAGGGGAAACGUUGAGCAGUUCAGCAUCUCGUCGGAGGAUAGUAUUUGGGAGGAGGAGAUGCGCUCGUGUCCUGCGGAGGAUGACGAAGGCGAUGAUGAUGACGAGUUUUCCAGCCACAGCACCGCCAGCGAUGGGAAUGCCAAUAAUGACUCCACAACCCCGUACCAGCCGAAUUUCUAUGUGGAAUCUGCGGACUUGCCCCAUCGGAUACCGAUGUUGCCCACUGUGCAGAUAAGCAGGACCAAGUACAAGCACCAGAUGAUGGAGAAGUAUCUACGCGAUACUUCCACGGCCGAUGAAGUCAUUCAACCGGCUACUCAACUCAACAAGUGGCUGGAAAGUGCUGCUAAAUUCACACCGGACAGAAAUAACUAUCACAUUGAGUGGAAUACGAGCAGGCAGAAAAGCAGCAGUUGCGGCCAAUCCCAUAACCAAGUGAUCUUCUCGACCGAUGCCACGGCGGUGGCUCUCGGUGAUCGCUGGAUCCUCCAUCACAGAGACGAACUGGACGCCGCGGAGGCCUUGGCUAACCUCGCCUUUAACUGUAGGCAGCGCUGGCAACACUCCACGAUCAGCUCCUAGGAAGCGCCACCGAAGACUCCGUGGUGGACAACUGACGCCAUCAUUCCAGCAGAAGUUUAAGGGCCCGUUGGCUUCUUUUGGUUUUCAUUUUUUAACUUAUUUUUUAAUACUUAAAUUAAGAAACUUUUGAAUAAAUUUUAGAUAGCAUUUUUAAA